AUCAAUGUGAAAAGUAUAGUGGUAAGACGUUUUAAAUUUUAUAAAAUUGCGAAAAAGUCGAAAAUUUAAUUACAAAUAAUUGUUUUAUAUGUGUUCUGAUUGAAUUUUUGAUGUAACAAACAACUGGAAUAUUUCGUAAAAGGAAAAAUAUUUCACACGUAUUAGUUUAGAUUAAGUUGAUUACAAUCAAAGGAAAUCAAACUAAAAUGAAUGACAACCGCGGAAAGCAAUUGGAAAUAAGACAUGGUCGCAAACGCAAAAAAGGCAAGUGUGAUGAGACUCAUCAGCAACCGAGAGAAGAAAAUUUAAAUAGCGAAAAAAAUAGCAAUUCGUCUUUAGAUCCUGUGGGAAAUAAUAAUAAUGUAGCAAAUAGUUAUUGUGCUUCAAAUAAUAAUAGUUCAAAUCUGUCAAAUGUGAAACAUAAAGGUGAAAAAAGAGGUGGUGGAGGAGGUGGAGGAAGUAAUAAUAAAUUUAACUUUCGUGCACCUCAGCAAUUUCAGAUUUCAAAGAAAAAAAAUUGGAAUAAAAGACACCUUAAGGGUUUAUACGGUUGUAGUGCAACCGUAUCAGGCAACUGUGGUACUGCUGGAGCAUUGGUGUGCAGUGGCGGCGCUUUAACUCAUUUGCAAAUUAGUAAGGCUGAUGUUGAAAACUUACCAAAUAUAAAAAAUCAAAUAUCGCACCAUCGGCAGGGUGGCUGCAAUAAUUCUGGCCAAAAAAAUAUGAAGCAACAACAAAGUUAUGCUAAAAAAAAAAUAUUAAGUGGUGUGGGAGGAGGUAUUUUAUCAAUACGAUCAAAGUUUUUUCUUUCUGAUAAAAGGCCAAGGAAGGAAUGCAUUAUUCCACCAACGAAAUUUUUAUUAGGUGGAAAUAUUUCUGAUCCGCUUAAUUUAAAUAGCUUGCAAGAAGAAGCGCAAAGUGGGAAUGCGACGCCUUCUACAACUCCUCGUCAAUCUCCUGUUACAACACCGCCAAAAAUUGAAGUUAUAAUACCACCAAAUAUACAUGAUCCUUUACAUCUUUUGGAUCCUGUUGAUUCUAUUGAAUAUGAAAAACAAUUAGUUUCACCAAUGAAGCGUAGGCAUCGUCAUCGAAAAAAGAAACCCAAAAGAAAGAGAUUAAUUUCUAAUGCUUCUGGGAUUAGUAUGCUCUCAACAUCUGCUGAAUUAAAUUUUGCAAGUGCAUUAUCAAAUAUUUUAAAAACUGAAAAAGAAGGUCAAAACAGUAAUGUUGAAAUUAUUUCAAAUAAAAAUUGCGAUCUAAAGAACAAUAAUAACCAUGAUAAUUAUAAUGAAACAAAAGAUUUAGAAGUUCAAAUCGAAGAUAAUGAAAAAAAUGAAAAUUUUAACGUAUCAAUUAAUACAAAAGGUACGUUGUGUGCCAACUCGUUAGAAAAUGAAAUUGAUAUCAACGAAACAUCCAGUUUUCCAAUUGAUAAACGCCGGAAUGAGAAAAUUGAUAAAAUUUCAAAAGAAUUGAAACUUGAUUUAGAACUUAGUGCAGAGCAACAUAAACAAAAUAUGAUGAACUCUGGAAGGAAAAGAAAAUCUAGUGAAGCGGGAUCUUGUAAAACUAAAUUUCGAAGAAUUGAUAGCAUGGAUAAAAUUGUUAGCCCAGUGGUACCACAACCAGGUGCAUGGAAAAGGCCACCGAGGAACACACCAACCGGAGCUAGAAAGAGUGCUAGAAUUAGAUCAGUAUCAAAUUCUGAAACUGAUUUGAUUAGUCCAACUGACGAUUCCAAAACAGGGCCUGGUCAAAAAGCGGCUGAAGACAGUGUUCUUAAUAAAACUGAGACAGAAAAUAAGAGUUUAAAUAAUUUGCUAGGAGCAUUACCAACUGUCCAGGAAACAGACGAACAAAACGAGCAAAAAGGGGAACAAAUGUUACAGUCAUCUUUGCCGAAAUUUAAAUCCGAUGGAGCAAAAUAUCAAUAUGGGAACUAUGAUCGCUACUCCGGAUUUAAUACUGUUAAUGAAUUUAUAGAUAUACGUUUACAAGUAUUUCAACGAAAUGCAGAUUUAUUUGUUAACAAAGAUGUCCUUGAUAUCGGUUGUAAUGUUGGACAUAUGACAAUUGCAGUUGCUAAAAAAUUGUCACCGAAAUCUAUUUUAGGAAUUGAUAUUGAUCCUAAAUUAAUAUCUAGAGCGAGAAGAAAUAUAUCUCUUUAUGUAAGAAUACCGAAAGAAGAUGAUGAAUCUCUUAAAACACCAGGAAACAAUUCUAAUGCAUUUUCUAUAAGUGUUCCAGUUGCUGCAGAAGAUGUUAAGAAUGCUUUGGAACAAAAGCUGGACGCAUUAAGUUUUAAGGAAGUUUUUAAAAAAAGGCUGGAGGAACUCCAAAAAAGCUCUGCUGAAAAUAAUAAAAAAAUUUCAAAGUCAAAAUUAAAACGUAAAAUUUAUUUUGAGAUAAAAAGGAAAAACAAAAUAAUUCAAAGUCAAAAAUACGCUGAACAGCGUCGAAUAGAUGGGAGUUCCCUGGAAAUAUUUCCCAUCUCAUUCCCAAUAUGUUAUGGCGCUAUACCUUCUCUUGAACAAGCAAGACUCGUAUUACAUAACUCACCUUUAACUAAUACUGUAGAAAAUUAUGGUAGCAAUAGUACAGGUUCAAGCGGUGGUGGUGGAAAUAUAAAUUUAAAUGUCGGUAUUUCUAGUUCAGGAACAAAUAAUCAUAGCAACAAUAGCGCAAAUGCAACUCCAGCUCGCAGCCUGGGUGCAGGUGGAACUACUGGUGCUGGAAGUAGUAUAACAGUCAUAAAGUCAAUAAGAAAUAAUUUUCCAAAAAAUGUCUUUUUCCGUCAAUGUAAUUAUGUUUUAAACGAUGAAAAUUCAGUAAAUAACGAGCAACAGCAAUAUGAUUUAAUUUUGUGCUUAUCAGUUACAAAGUGGAUACAUUUGAAUUUUGGGGAUAAUGGUUUAAAAUUAGCUUUUAAGAGGAUGUUUAACCAAUUGAGACCUGGUGGAAAAUUAAUUCUGGAAGCCCAAAAUUGGGCUAGUUACAAAAAAAAGAAAAAUUUAACAGAAACUAUUUAUAAGAACUAUAAUAGUAUUGAAUUUUUUCCAAAUAAAUUUCAUGAAUAUUUACUGAGUAAUGAAGUAGGGUUUAGUCAUAGUUAUACGUUAGGAGUACCAAGGCAUAUGAGCAAAGGAUUUUGUCGACCAAUUCAGCUAUACGCAAAAGGAGAUUUUACACCAAAUCAUGUUCGCUGGAGCGACGCACAUUAUCCACAAACACCAUAUGAAGCUUAUCGUGGCAUUUAUGCCAGUGUACCAAGGCCACCUUAUCCAUUAUGGGGUAGUUGGGAUUUAAACCGCACACCACGUGGAAAUUCUUCAAGCUGUCGUCAAACACCAUAUUACAAUCCGUUAGAAACAGAUUCUUAUUUACCGAGUUAUGAUACUGAAGUUUUAAAUCGUCAUUAUGUAUUCGCUUCACCACUUUAUCAAACAGUAUGGUCACCUCCAGCCAGCCUUCGAAAUUCAUCAUCUCAUACACCUGUUUUUGGAAGUGUACGAGAAGUCGAUAAUGAUAGCACCAGUGGUGGAAGUAAUAAUAGACCACGACAUGUUUAUUUACCAAAUGAUGAAUCCCAAUCUCCAAAAAUCGUUAAUGGCGCAUUUAACAGUAUACGUGAAGAAGCUGAACAAGACAGUAAUAGUCCUGCCAGGCAGCAUGUUUACGCCAAUUGUGAUUCAUCAUCGUCGCCACAUGAUGGUGGCUCAGAUAAUGAUCAAAUUUUAACAAGUGUUGCUUCUAAUGUUACCGCAAAUAACACUAUGGCUAAUAAUAUUGCUGAAAGAUCUCAAGAAAUUGUUAGCGAUUCAAACGACUCGGAAACAAUAUAAAAAAAAGUUGAAUGUUAAAUAUUUUUUUAUAUAUAUUAGUUAACUAAUGUUUGUUUUUCCAUUAUUAUGUACAGUUUCUUCGUAAUUUUAACAGAAAAACAUAUAAUCACGUUUAAAUAAACUUUUAAAUUAAGAAAUGAAGUUACCACAUUAACGAUUAAAAACCUUU